UUUCACGUGUGUUCAAUAUUUACCAAAAUAGUAAAAGAAGAAUGCUUUUGAAAUUUUUGAUUAAAAUCAGAUAAAAUAUGUCACGGAUUAUCGUCAAACAACUGCCCAAAAAUGUAACUGAAGAGAAAUUAAGAAAUCUCUUCGGCCAAAAGGGGACUAUUACUGAUAUGCAAUUAAAAUAUACUCCCGAUGGGAAAUUCCGGCAAUUUUGCUUCAUUGGAUACCAACUGGAGGAUGAGGCACAGGCAGCAAUAAAAUAUUUUAAUAAUUCGACCAUUCAGACCAGCAGAAUAAAAGUGGAGUUAUGUGCCAAGUUGGGGGCAGAGGAUAAACUGCAGUCUUGGAGCAAGCAUUCUAAGAAAAAUAAAAAGGAAUCGUCAGAGCUAACGGAGAAAAAGAGAAAGGACGACAAACCAAAGGUUGCAACAAAAGUGGAGGAAAUUGUUGGAAAACAUAAGAAUGAUCCAGAGUUUCAGGAAUUUAUGAAGGCCCAUGAAAAGAAUAGAACUUUGUGGGCAAAUGAUGUGACCGAAGUUGACGAGUCUAAAGAAAAUGAUCUUACAGUUGAUUCCCAAAAAGAUGAAGGUAACAGCACUGAACAAGAAACCGGCAUUGAUAAUGACGCUGAAGUUGAUAAAGACUCGGAAGAGGAGGAGGGCAAUGGCAACGAUAAUAAUGAAGGAAAAUUGGCCGAAAAGCCGAUAAGUGACAUGGAAUAUAUGCGGUCUUUGAUGACCCAGAAGAGUGUAAACUCACCGACAAGUUCCAAAAAGUCAACAUUAGAUUUAUUCACGAUAAAAAUACACAACGUUCCUUACAAAACGAAACGACAGGAAAUUGUCAAGUUCUUCAAACCAUUGAAACCUUUUUCUGUCCGUCUACCAACCAACGUACACGGAUUUUGUUAUGUUGGCUUCAAAACUGAGAAAGAAAUGACCAAAGCUAUGCUGAAGAAUAAGAGUUUCAUCAAGGGCAAGCAGGUAUUCUUCUCCGACUUUACGGAGAAAAAUAAAAUCACCAAGGCCAAACAGAAUGACAAGCCUGAAGAGCAGAAUUCUUCGCCUGAUAAAAAGCCAGCAAAAUGGCAAAAUCAAGAAGCGAGUUUAACAAACGAAGAAGAUAUUUCGGAGUCAGGCAGAAUUUUCUUUCGAAACCUGGCGUACACUGUGACUGAAGAUGAUCUACAGAAGCUUUUCGAGGAAUAUGGGCCAGUAGCCGAAAUCAAUCUCCCAGUCGAUUUGGUGACGAGACAAAUAAAGGGAUUCGGCACAGUCACAUUUAUGAUGCCUCAGCAUGCCGUGGAGGCUUUUAAUAAGUUAGAUGGAAGCACAUUUCAUGGUCGCUUGCUACACUUGAUACCUGGCAAAGAUAAAAAGGAUGAAGAGCAAGAUGAGAACGACCCUACGCUGACAUUUAAGCAAAAGAAAGCCCUUAAAAUUAAGAAGACUGCUCAACAAUCUACAAAUUGGAAUACGUUGUUUUUAGGCCCGAAUGCUGUAGCGGAAAUUUUGUCUCAGAAGUUUGAGACGUCUAAACAGCGUAUAUUGGACACGGAAGAGGGUGGCUCUAGUGCUGCGGUUCGAAUAGCGUUGGGAGAAACACAAAUCGUAAUUGAAAUGAAAAAGUUUCUAGAAGACAAUGGUGUAAGAGUCAAUGCCUUUGAUUCCAUGGGGACCAAACGAUCAAAAACAAUUAUUUUGGCAAAGAAUUUGCCUCCUUCUACCUCCGUUUCCGAUUUGACUCCGAUAUUUGCGAAAUAUGGACCAAUUGGUAGACUAGUUCUACCCCCCAGUGGUGUAACAGCUAUUAUUGAGUUCUGUGAUCCUUCAGAAGCUAGGCAAGCGUUCAAAAAACUUGCUUAUAGUAAAUUUAAAAACGUUCCCCUUUAUCUAGAAUGGGGGCCUGAGGACACAUUUACUACCGGUUUGAACGGUGAAGUUUUAAUAUCGAAAGUUGAGAACGAAGAGGAUAGAAAUGAACCUGCGGAAAAAGAAAAUAUUGAGGCGAACAACCCCACCGUCCAAGAGGAUGAGGUGGCGGAGGAGGAAGAGCCCGAAUCAAAUACAACAUUAUUUUUACGGAACCUUAAUUUCAAAACCGUGCUGGAAACGGUUUAUCAACAUUUCAAAAAUAUUGGACAAAUACAUACAGUAGAGAUAGCCAAAAGAAAGGAUCCAAACAAUUCAUCUCAAAUGACGUCGCUGGGCUACGGUUUCAUUCAAUUCAAAAAAGCAUCUACCGCCGAAUAUGCUCUAAAGAACAUGCAGUUCACAAUGAUAGAUGGAAACCAGGUGGAGUUAAAACGAAGUGACCGAACACUCAAAAAUCCUACAGCAAGUGGAGAACGCAAGAAGGUACAACUAACCAAACAAACUGGCACUAAAAUAUUGGUCCGAAAUAUACCUUUCCAAGCCAAAGUCCGAGAAGUUCGAGAUAUUUUCAAGGCCUUCGGGGAGUUACGUUCGGUGAGGCUGCCAAAAAAAAUGACACCCGGCGAAGACUGCCACCGAGGUUUUGGCUUUGUGGAUUAUGUUACAAAGAGUGAUGCUAAAAAGGCAUUCGAAGCACUCAGCCAAAGUACUCAUUUGUACGGAAGACGUAUUGUACUUGAAUGGGCUUCUACCGCCGACGAAGAUCUGGAGGAAUUGAGAAAGCGUUCGGCUGCACAAUACAACAGCACAAAUCAAGACAAAUAUGCAAAACGAAGCAAAAGGGCCGUUUUUGAUGGAGCAGGCAACCCUAGUGUACAGGCGGAUGAUGAAGGCCACAGCGACUAAAGAAAAUUUUUAGCAAAACACAAAAGAAAAAGUCGACUGGUUAAUAUGGAUUUUGCAACCAUUCAAAUAUUGCUCUUUUAUUUUAUUUUUAUAUGUAUCAUCACUUGUGAAUACAUUUUUUUUCUGUAUUGUUUAAAUAAGAUUACGGUCGUCUAAAGAAUAUUAUAAUUUUAACAUUUGCGGUAAGAUUUAAGACCUUCGAAGCUGUUUUAAUUAGACAAAAUAAAAUGCAUACGAGAACGCAA